AUGGCGCGCGCCGCGGUCGUAAUCUUCUUCUUCGUCCUCGCCGUCGCAGCCGCCAGCGCCGCGCAGGCCCCCGCGGAGUCGCCGAAGGCGCCCGCAGUCUCCGCACCUGCCAAUGCGCCCGAGGUCGCGAAGAAGGCCGCGUCUGCCCCGGCGUCGAGGAAGUCCGGUCCUGGUGCCGCGCCAGCCAGCAAGAGCUCGCAGGCCGCCUUCUCUUCACCGGGUGCUAGGGCGUGGGCUUCUACCGGCGAGGCGUCUAGCCCACUGGUGCCCAUGGCCGUGGUGUUUCCUAUCGCCGACGGGCCUGGUGCCGCGCCAGCCAGCAAGAGCUCGCAGGCCGCCUUCUCUUCACCGGGUGCUAGGGCGUCGGCUUCUACCGGCGAGGCGGCUAGCCCACCGGCGCCCAUGGCCGUGGUGUUUCCUAUCGCCGACGGGCCCGGUGCCGCGCCAGCCAGCAAGAGCUCGCAGGCCGCCUUCUCUUCACCGGGUGCUAGGGCGUCGGCUUCUACCGGCGAGGCGUCUAGCCCACCGGCGCCCAUGGCCGUGGUGUUUCCUAUCGCCGACGGGCCUGGUGCCGCGCCAGCCAGCAAGAGCUCGCAGGCUGUCUUCUCUUCACCGGGUGCUAGGGCGUCGGCUUCUGCCGGCGAGGUGUCUAGCCCACCGGCACCCAUGGCCGCGGUGUCUCCUAUCGCCGACGAGCCUGCUGAGGGAUCGGAUCCGGCUGAUGCUGAGAAAUCUAGUGCUGCUGCUCUGGUGGACAACGCCGCCAUCGCUAUUGCUGGUUUUUUUAGAAAAGAAGGAUUAUCCCCGUCCUCUACAUCUGACUAA